CAAACACACCUGAACAAGCUAAUCAAGGCAUUUCAGAUUACUAGAAAGCUACAGUUGAGUUUGAUCAGGGUUGGAAUUGACCUGUUCUCCUUGGAUCUUUAAAACCACAUUUUACAGAGAGGUCACAGGCUGGGAGGAUGACAGCUCGAGUGCACUUCUCGUUGAUUGCUGCUUUUUUGUGUUUGCUCGGAUACUUGAGCUUAACUCAUGCUAUUCAAAGAGGAGUCCCAGUGGACGGUUUAUGUCCGGCGACGCUGACUGUCGUGCCGUCCCAGCGAGGAUGUUCUUCUGACGAAGACUGCCCUGGAGGCCACAAAUGCUGUCGCUUUAACUGUGGGCCUGUUUGUGUGCUGCCUGUUUUCAUGAAGCCGGGCAGUGGUGCGGGACAGGGCUUCGGAGCUGGCCAGGGCGCAGGACAGGGAAGCGGAGUGGGACAGGGCUUCGGCGCUGGCCAGGGAAGCGGAGUGGGACAGGGCGCCGGAGUUGGCCAGGGAAGCAGCGCUGGCCAGGGAAGCGGAGUGGGACAGGGCGUGGGACAGGGCUUUGGAGCUGGCCAGGGAAGCGGCGUGGGACAGGGCUUCGGCGCUGGCCAGGGAAGCGGCGUGGGACAGGGCUUCGGCGCUGGCCAGGGAAGCGGCGUGGGACAGGGCUUCGGCGCUGGCCAGGGAAGCGGCGUGGGACAGGGCUUCGGAGCUGGCCAGGGAAGCGGCGUGGGACAGGGCUUCGGAGCUGGCCAGGGCGCAGGACAGGGAAGCGGAGUGGGACAGGGCUUCGGCGCUGGCCAGGGAAGCGGAGUGGGACAGGGCGUCGGAGCUGGCCAGGGAAGCGGCGCUGGCCAGGGAAGCGGAGUGGGACAGGGCGUGGGACAGGGCUUUGGAGCUGGCCAGGGAAGCGGAGUGGGACAGGGCUUCGGCGCUGGCCAGGGAAGCGGCGUGGGACAGGGCUUCGGCGCUGGCCAGGGAAGCGGCGUGGGACAGGGCUUCGGCGCUGGCCAGGGCGCAGGACAGGGAAGCGGAGUGGGACAGGGCUUUGGCGCUGGCCAGGGAAGCGGAGUGGGACAGGGCGUGGGACAGGGCUUCGGCGCUGGCCAGGGAAGCGGCGUGGGACAGGGCUUCGGCGCUGGCCAGGGAAGCGGCGUGGGACAGGGCUUCGGCGCUGGCCAGGGAAGCGGCGUGGGACAGGGCUUCGGCGCUGGCCAGGGAAGCGGCGUGGGACAGGGCUUCGGAGCUGGCCAGGGAAGCGGCGCUGGAUGGGGAAGCGGUGUGGGACAUGGCUUCGGAGCUGGCCGGGGAAGCGGCGCUGGAUAUGGCGCGGGACAGGGCUUCGGAGCUGGCCAGGGAAGCGGCGCAGGACAGGGCAUCGGCGCUGGCCAGGGAAGCGGAGUGGGACAGGGAGUGGGACAGGGCUUCGGAGCUGGCCAGGGGAGCGGCGUGGGACAGGGCUUCGGAGCUGGCCAGGGAAGCGGCGUGGGACAGGGCUUCGGUGCUGGCCAGGGAAGCGGCGUGGGACAGGGCUUCGGAGCUGGCCAGGGAAGUGGCGUGGGACAGGGCUUCGGCGCGGGCCAGGGAAGCGGUGCUGGACGGGGAAGCGGUGUGGGACAGGGCUUCGGAGCUGGCCGGGGAAGCGGCGCCGGACAGGGCAUCGGCGCUGGCCAGGGAAGCGGAGUGGGACAGGGCUUCGGUGCUGGCCAGGGAAGCGGUGCUGGACAUGGUGCGGGACAGGGAAGCGGCGCGGGCCAGGGCUUCGGCGCUGGCCAGGGCUUUGGCGCGGGACAGGGCUUUGGAGCUGGCCAGGGAAGCGGCGUGGGACAGGGCAUCGGCGCUGGCCAGGGAAGCGGAGUGGGACAGGGCUUCGGCGCGGGCCAGGGAAGCGGUGCUGGACAUGGUGCGGGACAGGGAAGCGGCGCGGGACAGGGCUUCGGCGCUGGCCAGGGAAGCGGCGCGGGACAGGGCUUCGGCGCUGGCCAGGGAAGCGGCGUGGGACAGGGCUUUGGCGCUGGCCAGGGAAGCGGAGUGGGACAGGGCUUCGGCGCUGGCCAGGGAAGCGGAGUGGGACAGGGCUUUGGCGCGGGACAGGGCUUUGGAGCGGGCCAGGGAAGCGGCGUGGGACAGGGCUUCGGCGCGGGCCAGGGAAGCGGAGUGGGACAGGGCUUCGGCGCGGGCCAGGGAAGCGGAGUGGGACAGGGCUUCGGCGCGGGCCAGGGAAGCGGAGUGGGACAGGGCGCGGGACAGGGCUUCGGAGCUGGACAGGGAAGCGGCGCGGGACAGGGCUUCGGCGCUGGCCAGGGAAGCGGAGUGGGUCAGGGCUUCGGCGCGGGUCAGGGCUUCGGCGCUGGCCAGGGAAGCGGAGUGGGACAGGGCUUCGGCGCUGGCCAGGAAAGCGGAGUGGGGCAGGGAAGCGGCGCGGGACAGGGCUUCGGCGCUGGCCAGGGAAACGGCGUGGGGCAGGGAAACGGCGUGGGGCAGGGCUUCGGCGCGGGCCAGGGAAGCGGUGCUGGACAGGGAAGUGGCGUGGGACAGGGCUUCGGCGCGGGCCAGGGAAGCGGUGCGGGACAGGGCGUGGGACAGGGCUUCGGAGCUGGCCAGGGAAGCGGCGCGGGACAGGGCAACAGUCAAGGAAGUGGUCAGGGAUGUGGCAAGGUUCAACGUUGUGGUCAGUGACCUGGUCACGGGAAUUCGUCAUAACUUUAUGGAGAUCUUUUCCAUUCCGUGCUUUUAUUCAAAUGGCAUGUUUUCCCUGUUUGUUCAGACAGUUUGGGAAAUUUUUCUGUCUCCCUACCACCUCCAAUAAAAAUAAUUGCUUGAUUUGAA